AGGUACAACACAUACUUGAUCUACCUUAGGUUUGUCAUUCUCUGCUCUUAAAGUUUAAAUAGUUUAAAACAACUUCACUCAGUAGCAAAAAACAGUCUUGGCCAUAUUGCCUAUAACAAUAUCUUAAAGAUUGGAAAUUCACAAAGAUUGUUAAACUGGGCUGUACUUCGUGAGAUUAUAUUAUUUGGGCUCCAGACGGAAUCAUCGCUUCAUACAAUAUCCUAAUGUGGGAUAUAUAUUUUUAAGAAAACCACACUUUCAGCUCUCAUUUGUGGUUUAUUCAUGUAAAGUUACAGUUAUACACUUACACACUGUCAAUGUAGGCUGUGAAUGUUGGGCCUAUAAAGAAAAUCCACAGUAUCCUUCAUGAUACUGAACUGUUUUGUGAGGUCAGAGGAGCUGACUUCCACCAGUGGUCAGCUCCUCUCGGUGGGAGUGACCAUGUAAAUCUGCAUCAAAGGGAAACAGUCACAGAGCUGGGUGGGGGGGGACCCCUCAUCUGAUUGGACGCCAUUGUUCUUUCAAAUCGAGGUGUCCUCCAGCCUUUAUUGUCACCAACAGAUCCUUGGGGGGUAGAAGACAUCUUUUACAGUAACAGUGCACUGCCGCAUGGAGCUGCUGGGGUAAUGGAGGAAUAACACGGGGGAAACAUGGCAGAGGCCUGUCAGAGACGUGAUAAACCCACCAAGCUGAGGGAAGAGCUGAGCUGCAUGCUGGUCGGUGAUGGAGCUGUGGGGAAGACCAGCAUGAUCAUCAGCUACAUCUUCAAUGGAUACCGCAGCGAGUACAGGCAAACCGCCUUUGAUGUUUUUACUGGUUUGGUUCAUGUGAACGGCCUCCCAACUCGGAUCAAACUGAUAGAUACAGCAGGACAGGAGGAGUUUGGACAUCUACGUUCUCUGUGCUACGCCCAUGUGGACGUCUUCAUCCUCUGCUUCAGCCUGGUCAACCCCGUCUCCUUCGAAAACAUCACAUCCAAAUGGAUCCCGCAGAUCCGGGCCGGCAACCCAACCUCUCCUAUAGUCCUGGUUGGAACUCAGUCCGACCUCAGCCACAAUGUGGACGUACUUAUUCAUCUGCACCAGCGGAGCACCAAACCAGUGCACUGCAGCCGGGCCAGAAGGCUGGCACGCAGGAUCAGAGCUCACGACUACGUGGAGUGUUCAGCUCUGACACAAAACAACCUCAAACAUGUGUUUGACUGUGCUGUAUCUGCUGCCAUUCAGCACAAGCACACUGGCACUAUACCUAAAAAGAUCAGCCUAAUUAAACGUUCAAAGCUUUUUUCUGUUUGGAGGAAGAUCUUUGGAUACUUCUGAAUCAAAGAGUGAUUUGAAUUUUCUCAGUGUCUUUUCAGUCAUGACAAACUAUGCUUUUUUUCUGAUGAUAAUUAUAUUUCUUUGCAAAAAGAGGAUUCUGCACUAAAAGAAAAGGACUUAAACUGUGCACUGACACCCAUGCUUCGGGUCCUGCAAGAAAUGUGAUUAUCAGUGGGCUCUUUCCCCCUUGACUCUUUGUGUUUUGUCUAUGUUGUUCAUAUUUUUGUGUGAGUAUGUGAGUUUUG